CUUCACCACCUCUUUCCCUUCUUUCCCCGGCAGGCCCCAAAAGCUAAAGUUUCCACCAUGGGUACGCACAAGAAAGAAAAGAACAGAAAGGAGAGGCAGGGCGCCACUGGCGAUGGCAUGGCCAACGUCAAAGUCAAAGGCGAGAAUUUUUACCGCGAUGCCAAGAAAGUCAAGGUGAUCAAGCGUCUCACUGGCGGAACCGCACAGCGCAAUGCUGCUGGAGACAUCACCAAGGCCGCCAUCUAUCAGAGCCGUGAAGCACCAGUAGCCCGCGUCGAGCCCAACAGGAAGUGGUUUAACAACACCCGUGUCAUCUCUCAAGACGCACUCGAUUCUUUUCGUUCCGCUGUGGAUGCGCAAGCAUCUGAUCCCACCACGUUUCUUAUGAAGCGCAACAAGCUACCCAUGAGUUUGAUUGAAAAGAAAGGCAACGUCAAUGGUCUGAAGGAACAUCAAGCAAAGAUCACCGUGGGCAGUGAGCCAUUUGGUGACACGUUUGGUCCCAAGGCCCAGCGGAAACGCCCUAAGCUUGACUUUGAUUCGAUUGAGAGUCUGGCUGGCCGUACCGACGAUAUGCAUGACUUCUACCUAGACAGACUAGAGCAAGCAAAGCUUUUGUCUGGGAACUCGGCUGAAGAUAAUGGGGAUGGAAUCAUCACAACCGCUAGGGAGGCAAUCUUCCAUAAAGGGACCUCAAAACGCAUUUGGAACGAGUUAUACAAGGUCAUCGACUCCUCGGACGUCCUUCUCCAUGUUCUUGAUGCACGAGACCCUGUCGGCACAAGAUGCCGGUCUGUCGAGAAAUACAUCCGCGAGGAAGCCCCCCAUAAGCAUCUUGUUUUUGUUCUCAACAAGAUUGAUCUUGUGCCCAGUAAAGUUGGAUCUUUCCCUUCCCAUGGAUAG